GCUGAGGAGCUCCUGGACAGAGGCGUAGAGAAGAGCAGGGGUCAAGUGGAAAGGAUGGAUAUCAUCUCCAUGAAGGGAUGCUCCAGGAGCCCCGUUUUCCUCACAGCCUCUUCCUCACACCUCGGUCACCCACCCACCUGUAUGCUCCACUGCGGCGUCAGCAGCACUCCUGCAGCUUCUGCAGUACCCGGCCUGCUCCCUGCCACUGUGGCUGUUCUGGGGUCAGGCGACUUCUCCAAGGGCAUCACCUCUCGUCUACUUCGCUGUGGGUUCAAGGUGGUGGUGGGCAGCCGUCGUCCCAAACUGGCCUCUCACUCCUUUCCUCAUGUGGUGGACGUGUCCCACUAUGAGGAAGCCCUCAGGAAGUCUAACGUCGUGUUCCUCGCUCUCCACCGGGAACACUACUCUCAGUUAUGGGACCUCAAGCAUCUUAUGGCAGGGAAGGUCCUGGUGGAUGUGAGCAACAAUCGGAGAGUAAACCAGUAUCCAGAAUCCAAUGCGGAGUAUCUGGCCUCCCUGCUGCCAGACAGUGUGGUGGUUAAAGGCUUCAACGUGAUCUCAGCCUGGGCCAUGCAGCAGAGCCACACCAAAGAUGCUAGCACCCAGGUCUUCAUCUGCAGUGACUCCAUAGAGGCUCGUCAGCUGAUCAUGGAGUUGGCUCGCCGGCUGAACUUCCAGCCCGUGGACAUGGGCCCCCUGUCUCUGUCCCGCUACAUCGAGAACAUCCCUGUUCAGUUAUUCCCUGCCUGGAAGGGACCCGUCCUCGCUGCCGUGGCCCUCUCCAUCUUCUUUUUUGGUUAUUCCUUUGUACGGGACAUCAUCCAGCCGUAUGUGAAGCAUAAGCAGAGCGACUUCUACAAGAUCCCAGUAGAGAUAGUGAACCACACCCUCCCCACCGUGGCCGUUACGCUCCUGGCCCUGGUGUACCUGGCCGGCCAGCUGGCGGCGGCGCACCAGCUAUACUACGGGACCAAGUAUAAGCAGUUCCCUCAUUGGCUGGAGGGCUGGCUGCAGAGCAGGAAGCAGUUAGGUCUGAUCAGCUUUUUCCUGGCUGCUGUUCAUGUGCUCUACAGCCUCUGUCUACCGCUGAGAAGGUCUGAGAGGUACCAGCUGCUCAACGCCGCCUACCAGCAGAUUCACGCUAACGUGGAGAACUCGUGGAAUGAGGAGGAGGUGUGGCGCGUGGAGAUGUACGUCUCCUUUGGGGUGAUGAGUUUUGGCCUGAUGUCCCUCCUGGCCAUCACCUCCAUCCCCUCCAUCAGCAGCGCCCUCAACUGGCGGGAGUUCAGCUUCAUCCAGUCCACUCUGGGCUACAUCGCCCUUCUCAUCGCCACCUUCCACGGCCUGCUCUUUGGCUGGAAACGGGCCUUUGACCAGGACUCGUACCGCUUCUACCUGCCCCCCAGCUUUGUGGUGUCCCUGGCUCUGCCUGUGUGCGUCAUACUGGGCAAGGUGCUGAUGCUGCUGCCCUGCGUGGGUCACCGGCUCCACCGGAUCAGGAAGGGUCAGGACACCAGUCCCUAUAAGGGCCGGCGCCUGGAGCCGGUGGGCUCAGCGGCCAACAUCUCACCAGAGAGAGUUACCAUCAUGUGAUCCGCUGCAGCGCUUUGACUAUUGAUGUGAUCUAGUGAUUGUAGCUCUAUCGUCAUGUUUGGUCUCGUGAUACAAUAAUAAAGCUGUAGA